AUGGCGUUCAGGCAAGAAUUCUUCCCCAAGUCCGCUUCGGUGCCCAAGAUAUUGACAAUCGUAUAGGAGAAGAAGCGCAGUUUCUUCGUUGUUGUCGGCGACCGGGGGAAGGAUGUCAUCUUGAACCUGCACUAUAUUCUCGGUAGUGCCGACCCCAAGCAGAACAAGUCCGUCCUGUGGGCUUACAAGAAAGACCUUCUCGGAUUUUCGAGGUAAAAAUUGAUCUCUGAUAGUAGAGCAAUUGUCUCUCUUUUAACUGACAGUUGAUUCCGCAGUCAUCGGAAGAAACGCGAAGCUAAAAUCAAGAAGGAAGUCAAGCGCGGAAUUCGAGAGGCCAAUACUGAGGAUCCAUUCGAGCUUUUUAUCAGUCUCACCAACAUCCGGUACUGCUACUACAAGGAGACUGAGAAGAUUUUGGGCAAUACAUAUGGAAUGUGUAUCUUACAAGACUUCGAGGCUCUGACUCCGAAUCUGCUAGCGAGGACGAUUGAGACGGUUGAGGGAGGUGGGCUAGUCAUUCUACUAUUAAAGACUAUGACUAGUUUGAAGCAGCUUUACACGAUGACUAUGGCAGGUGGAGACAAUGCGAGAAUUUUAGGGUAUUUGCUAAAUAUAUUGCUCUAGGAUGUACACUCGAGAUACCGAACAGAAGCCUACGGAGAUGUCGUCGCUAGGUUCAACGAGAGAUUUAUUCUCUCCCUUGCCGAUUGCACUAGCUGCUUAGUAGUGGACGAUGAACUUAAUGUUCUUCCAAUCUCGGGUGCAAGGGGUGUCACUGCUCUGCCGCCCGUAUCUUCGGAAGAAGGAAUAACUGAGCGGAAACGAGAGCUGCUGGAACUGAAAGAGAGCCUUGCUGAGACUCAGCCUGUCGGCUCCCUAGUGGAUAUUUCAAAGACAGUAGAUCAAGCCAGGGCGAUCAUGACUUUCAUAGAUGCAAUCGCUGAGAAAACCCUUAGAAGCACAGUUACGCUUACAGCCGGACGAGGGAGGGGAAAGUCUGCAGCACUAGGUGUAGCCAUUGCCGCGGCCGUCGCACACGGGUACUCCAAUAUCUUCAUCACUUCACCGAGUCCUGAGAACUUGAAGACCUUGUUUGAAUUUAUCUUUAAAGGUUUUGACGCCUUAAACUACAGCGACCAUCUCGACUACGAUAUUAUCCAGUCGACAAACCCAGCCUUCAACAAAGCAAUUGUCAGGGUGAAUAUUCACCGCCAGCACAGACAAACUAUUCAAUAUAUCCAACCCCAAGAUGCUCAUGUGCUCGGGCAGGCAGAGUUGGUGGUUAUCGAUGAAGCAGCCGCAAUUCCCCUCCCACUUGUAAAGAAGUUAAUGGGGCCCUACCUCGUAUUCAUGGCAUCAACGAUCAAUGGAUACGAAGGGACUGGUCGCUCUCUCUCCCUAAAGUUGAUCCAGCAACUACGAGACCAGUCCUCCGGGCUCACCAAAGCAGUCCAGGACGGUGAAACCGCAGAUCGCUCCGGAAAGACAAGCAAAAAGUCAGACGCUAUCGGGUAUAGAGGAAGAAGCCUGCGUGAAGCUACACUCUCCGAACCAAUCCGGUACGCGCCGAACGAUCCCGUCGAAAAAUGGUUAAACGGCCUUCUCUGCCUCGACGCCACCCUCCCCGGCAAUCGCAGCUCUGUGCAUGGAACUCCAGACACUGCAAAAUGUGAACUUUUCUACGUUAACCGAGAUACCUUAUUUUCCUAUCACCCGGUUUCGGAACGGUUUUUGCAACGCAUGAUAGGACUCUAUGUCGCUAGUCAUUACAAGAACUCCCCGAACGAUCUACAGCUUAUGAGUGAUGCACCUGCUCAUCAACUAUUUGUUUUGUUACCUCCUGUCCAAGAGGGCAGUAAGAAUAUCCCAGACCCUUUGUGUGUGAUUCAAGUAUCAUUGGAGGGUCGGAUAUCUCGGGAGUCUGUGCAGCAGAGUUUGGCCCGAGGAAAGAGAGAAGGUGGGGACAUGAUCCCAUGGCUUGUCUCCCAGCAGGUAGGCUCAUUUUUAUCUCAAGUGUCAAACCAAGCUAACCAUUCCAAAGUUCCAAGAUGAGGACUUCGCAAGUCUUUCUUGCGCGCGGAUCGUUCGCAUUGCAACCAACCCCGAUUAUACUGGAGCAAGAACCCCUGUCCCACGACCCCCCAACAGUUGCAGCGACUGACAUAUCGAUAGAUGGGCUAUGGAUCUCGAGCUCUCCAGCUCCUCGCUGACUUUUACGAGGGAAAGUUCCAAUCGCUUGACGAAGGAGCAACAUAUGUCAAUGAGGAGAUGGUUCGCGUGACUGAUGAAGAAAUUGAGAAUUCGACCCUUCAGACCGAUAACAUCAAGAUCCGCGACCGGGAAUCUUUACCCCCACUGCUUCUGAGAAUGUCGGAGAGGAGGCCUGAUGCUCUAGAUUACAUUGGCGUCUCAUACGGCUUGACGGACAAACUUCACAAGUUUUGGAAAAAACAGAAAUUUGCUCCGGUAUAUCUCCGACAGACAGCUACUGAGCUAACUGGAGAGCAUUCCUGCGUAAUGAUAAAGGCUUUAACCGGCAAGGACAAUGAUUGGUUGGGGGCAUUUGCUAAAGGCUUGUGCCGACCAAAAUGCGAAUCCGAGUGUCAUAUCCUGGGGCUAAUGCUUGAAAACAAUAGACUUCCACAAACGCUUCCUCACCCUACUCUCUUACGAGUUCAGAAAAUUCCCGACUGUUUUAGCUUUAACUAUUUUCGAAUCUGCGAAUGCUGGGGCAAGGCUUUCAGGGCAGGAGGCUUCCCGUGAGUACCUUUCAAUUGGUCCGGGCCCGCCAACUAUACACUAACUCGACUACAGUUUUGACAAAGAUCCAGCUCGACGAAUACCUCUCACCUUUCGAUUUAAAACGUCUGGAAUCCUACGCAGACAAUAUGCUCGACUACCACGUAAUAGUUGACAUGGUCCCCCUCAUCGCUCAAUUGUUCUUCACUGGCCGCCUGCGAGAAUCCGUUAAGCUAGCUGGCGUUCAGCAAGCUGUCUUGAUGGCUAUCGGGCUACAAAGGAAGACAUUGGAAGACAUCGAGGAAGAGCUGAACCUUCCACCCGCACAGGUCCUCGCCAUGUUUCAGAAGACCAUCCGAAAGGUUGCCACAUCAUUCCGACAUCUCCUCUCCCAAGCAAUCUCCGAAACACUCCCACAGGAGGCCGGAAAAUCAAAACCGAAAAAGAUCAGCGGCGGUGGCAACGAUAACGAAGUGGAAACGGAUGAAUUCUGCCCUGUCGAGCAAUCCCUCGCGGACGACCUCCAAGAGGGAGGAGAGGAAAUCAUGGCGAGCAUGAAGUUGAAGGAAAAGCAGAGGGAGCUGAUUAAUUCUUUGGAUCUCUCAACGUAAUUCUUUCCAUUCCCCAAUGUCGUGUAAAUUUCAAUAGACUUAGUACUCUCUGAAUCCUUGCCCGCGCAGCCGCAAUUUAAGUUCUAAUGUGUUAAUUUUUCUCGGUAACCCAUUAGAUACGAAAUCCCCUCAACCGAAUCUGCGGACUGGGAAAGCGCCGAGAAGCAGAUAAAGUCCGCUACAGGUAAACACAGCAGCGGCAGGAGCACCGUCGUCAGCGUCAAGACCAAGAACCACAAGAAACGGAAGGCGGGAGAAACGGCGGUAGAGAUCUACGAACAGGAGAUGGGGAAGGUACCUAAAAAGGGCAAGAAGAGUAGGAGUAAGAGCAAGAAAUGAAACCCACGGCAUUAAAUUGGUGAAACAAAAGGAUGGAGUGAUGAUAUCUUAAUCGAGACGAGCUGCUUACACCGGUGCCAAAAGUUUUUCUCUUCCGCUCCCGUGGGAGAUGGGGCUUGUAUGAUAUUUGGAAAUAGAUGCAGUAUCAUAAA